CUCUACUUUUUCCAUCUUCAUUUUAGCCGCUAGUUUGGCCACGUGCUUUUAGUACCAACCGUAACAUUCUGAAGUUGGUACCUAAUUUUUUUUUCAAUAUACAUAUAUUGAUUUUUUGCUUGGUAUAUUGAUUGAAUAUACGAAAGGGUGCCAAAAUGAACUGUCAAGUGAUAUGUGCAGUGUUCCUUAUUUCGGUGGCUGUUGUCGCUGCUGGACCUGUUGUAGAUGACCAUAAAGCAUCACAUGCCAAUGCGAUUCACUCAAAUGAGAUCUCCACAGAAGAAACCCUACUGAAGAAACUCAAAACAAAAUGCUACAACGGCGACUUCUCCCCCUGCAUGAUCUUCCUGGCAGUCAGUUACUUCAACGACAUGUUGAAGAAACCCCAGGCCGACUUUGGAAGCGUGGAAAUCACCAAAAACACCAACUCGAUCAUCCCAGAAACGUCCAGAAGCUUGAAAGAUAUGGAACAUCUGUCGGAUGAGGCCAAAAUCAGUCAACUCAUGGCAGACAAACUGUACAAUUACGUUAAAUCUAGGUCGAUGAAAUGGCAUGUUACCGAUGAUGCUGACUUGGUUGUCAGUGGUCGCAGUGACGCAAGCGGCGGACUCAACCUUGGCAUUUCCCUCCAACCCAACGGUGCCACUGAAGAAGGUCGUAAGAAGAAAGACCAAGGAGGUAACAUGAACGGACUGAUCGCCGCCGCCAUCAUGAAAAUCGGUCUCCUCAAAGCUUUGGCUUUCAAAGCUCUGGUUCUCCUCGUCGGAAAAGCAGUAAUCGUCAGCAAGCUCGCCCUUGUACUAGCCGUCAUCAUCGGCCUGAAAAAACUCUUCAGCCAGGACAAGCACGUGACCUACGAGGUUGUGGCUCAGCCUCACCACGACCACCACGAGCACCACGAGCACAUCAGCAGCGGCGGCCACGACAGUUACGGGGGCGGUGGCGGUUGGGGCAGGAACUUCGACGCCAAGAGCGCCCAAGAGAUGGCGUACCGAGCCCAAAUUCCCGCCAACUAACAGAUUUCUCCUGUCAUAGCUGCAGUACAAACGGACUAUUCUUAGUGUUUUAACACCAUAUUGGUGUCCAGUGUAAUUUAUUUAUUUAUUAUUGUCUUUUGUGUCUGUUCUUAACUUAUUUCUCGUCUGUUAUGU